CAACAUUUGUUCCAGCAUUUAGGCUACUUAUGAACCCAUAUGCAUUUAUAAAUAUGUAUUCUUGCACUGUAUGGUGUUUGGGAUUUUCGUCACUGUUAGACCACAGUCAGGGAUGCUUAUCACGCCGUCCCCCGUGCUGCAUUGGGACUUUCUGACCACGUCAUGGUCCACCUGAUCCCCGCGUACAGGCAGAAAUUAAAGCUCUGCAAACCUGUAGUGCGGACAUCAAGGGGGUGGACCAGUGUAGCUCUGGAGGAUCUCCAGAUGUGCUUGGACUCUACUGACUGGGACAUAUUCAGGGGCCUGUUGCACAAAAGUAGAAUUAAGACAUCCGGGAUAAAUGACUCAGCUGAGCUCAAUGAAGCCAAAACAUGUGCGUCCAGGCUUAAUUGGUUGCACAAAGACCAAGCCAGGAUGAGCAGACACGGAUUCAUUAAGCCAGGUGAAACCAAUCCUGGAUAGGUGCGCGCUCACGGCUCACUCAAAUAGACCCCGCCACAGAUCACAGAUUAACUGAUUUACCAUGGCAACUAGAGCCGCGUACUUUUCCCCGUCGGAAGCACAAAUCCUCAUGGAGGCAUACGAGGAGGUAAAAGAUAUAAUUAAGAAGAAAGGCAACACCGCCACAGUGAUAAAGCAAAGAGAAAAAGCGUGGCAAAGUAUUGCAGACCGCCUGAAUGCCAAUCAGUACAACCAAGUCAUCGUUAUAAGGCAUCGCCCUCUUUUGCCCACCCCCCCAGCACCAGGUGUGGCCACUAGCCUAUAUGAAGGCCCAAAAUUGUGUGUUCCUUUCUGCUCUGACAAUGGCAUGCCCAUUCUUGCGAGAUGUGGUGGAUGAAGAAGCACUUGUGCUGAGGAGAGCCUUCAGGCGAGAAAGGGUCUUCAGGGACCGGUUGGACCCACUGGCCUUCCCUGAUGACCAUCUAUAUGAAAGAUACAGGUUUUCUGCAGAUGGCAUCAGGUAUCUAUGCAGACUACUGGGUCCCAGGAUUAAGCACCGCACUGCACGGAGCCAUGCACUGAGUGUGGAGCAAAUGGUUUGUGUGGCCCUUGGCCUUUUUGCUAGUGGAGCCUUCCUGUACUCAGUGGGGGAUGCAGAACAGCUGAACAAGGCCACAAUUUGCCGCACAAUAAGGAGUGUGUGUCUGGCUAUCAAAGCAUUAGCAGAUGUCUUCAUCUCCUUCCCUGGCCACAGAAGACUCUGUGACAUCAAAGAGGAGUUCUAUAGGAUUGCAGGUUUCCCCAAUGUCAUUGGUGCAGUGGACUGCACACACAUAAGGAUAAAAGCCCCCUCAGGUGCCCAUGAGGCCGAUUUUGUGAAUAGGAAAUCCUUUCACAGCAUUAAUGUUCAGAUGGUCUGCAAUGCUGACUGUGUGAUCAGCAAUGUUGUGGCAAAAUGGCCUGGCUCAGUCCAUGACUCCAGAAUCUUUCGGGCCUCUGAAAUCUAUCAGUGCCUAUCACAAGGUGAAUUCUCUGGUGUGUUGCUGGGAGACAGGGGGUAUGGCUGCCAGCCUUUUCUCCUGACACCUUUCACAGACCCCCAGGAAGCACAGCAGGCCUACAACCAUGCCCAUGCCAGGACCAGGGCCAGAGUUGAAAUGACCUUUGGCCUCCUGAAGGCACGCUUUCACUGCCUUCACAAAUUAAGGGUCAGCCCUGUUAGGGCAUGUGAUAUUACUGUGGCUUGUGCUGUCCUCCACAAUGUGGCCUGCCUGAGGAAGGAGAGGGCCCCCAGAGUGCCACCAGCCAUGGACUGGGACAAUCCGGCAAUCUUCCCUGAUGACGACAGUGGUCGGCUGCUGAGGGACCAAUAUGUGUUGAAUUAUUUUAGUUAGUAUGUGUGCUUUCAAUUUUGGUAAAAUAUGUCCUGCGGUGGCAGAGGAAUUUGGGUUUUUUGGGUUCGUUUUUUUACGAAUUUGGCCUCUUAUGAUGUUUGUGCGGUAUACUGUGUGUAAUACAAGGC